AUGUCUGAUAUUGAAAAAUCAGGAGUUAAUGUCGUCGUCUCUCUGGUAGAUAUUGAGAGUCAAAACAAAGAUGAGGUAAUUGGUGUGAUUAUCUCUCCCUCCGGGAAGCCAAUCCAAAUCACUGGUGAUGUCGAUGUAGCUAUGAAAUAUGCCAUCAAUAACAAAGAAGGUCAUAUCGAGCUUGACGAGAUUACCUCAAAGCGUAUCUUACGUAAGAUUGACAUGUUCCUUCUCCCAGUGUUGUGUUUGUUGUACUGUUUCCAAUUUAUGGAUAAGCUUUCCAAUGCAUACGCUUCAGUCUUGGGUCUCAGAACUGACUUGAAGAUGGUUGGUGAUAUGUACUCUUGGACAGGUACUUCCUUUUACAUUGGAUACCUUUUCUUUGAGUUUCCUGCUUCCUAUUUACUUCAACGUUUCCCCGUAGCAAAGACAGUGGCAGCAUUCAUUAUCACUUGGGGCGUGGUUUUAUGUUGCCAUGCGCUUCCUCAGUACGCCGGAUUCAUUGCCUUGAGAACCUUGUUGGGGAUGCUUGAAUCAUCCAUCACUCCAGCCUUCACCAUCAUCACCGCUCAAUGGUACACUCAAGAGGAACAGUUCAUGCGGGUCGCCUGUUGGUUUGCCUGUAAUGGGUUUGGUACUAUUUUAGGAGGUGCCAUUUCGUAUGGAUUAGGCGAAAACCAAGAACUGUACACCAUUAGAGCCUGGAAACUUGUUUUUGUGGUCACUGGGUGUCUUACCAUCUUUUUAGGUAUUGUUGUAGCCAUACAUAUCCCUGACACUCCAGCCCAAGCUUGGUUUUUAACUAAUGAGGAAAAGUCCCUUGUCGUGGAACGUAUCAGAACCAAUCAACAAGGUUUUGGUAACAGACAUUUCAAGAAACAUCAAUUUAUCGAGGCUGUUACGGAUUACAAGACUUGGCUUAUCUUCUUUUUUGGACUUGCAAGUAAUAUCCCCAAUGGUGGUAUGACCAAUUUCGGUAAUAUCUUGUUGACUGAAGAUUUGGGAUAUGCUCCACAACAAUCACUUUUAAUGCAAAUGCCAGCAGGGGCAGUUGAAAUUGUUGGUUGUAUUGGUCUUGCUUAUAUAUCAACAUUGGUAAACUCUCGUAUGCUUUUAGCAUUCAUAGGUACUGGCUUUACCGUGAUGGCUCAAUGUUUCCUUGCCUUUGGUAAGCAACCCGAGCUCAGAAUGGCUGGGUACUCCUUGUAUGCGUUGGGCCCCAUUGGGUUCAUUUGUAUGUUGUCCGUGGUGGCUUCAAAUGUGGCUGGCCAUACAAAGAAGGUUACUACUAACGCGAUUUUCUUAAUCGGGUAUUGUGUGGGUAAUUUGAUUGGCCCACAAACCUUCCGUGCAGAACAAGCACCGAAGUAUCAAGGAGCAAAGACCACUAUCGUCAUUUGUGGAAUAAUUUCUUUAGUGAUCAUUGGAGCCGUCUGGUACGCAUAUAUUUGGGAAAACAAGAAGAAGGACAAGAUCAAUAAGGCUGACUACCCAAAGUUUGAAAACCAAGAGUUUGCUGACUUGACCGACAAGGAGAAUGUAGAUUUCAGAUAUCAAACAUAA